GACGAAAAAGUGCAGCCGUUUCCUGUGAAAAUAUAGCGGGAUACAAAGAGCUCUUUCAGGGCCUGGGCGGCCCACUGCAGAAGCUCUUCCAUGCCCCUAACACCAGCCUGCCUGACUCACAGAGACCCAGCCAGAGACUGACACAGGCCCCAGCCCAAACACGCAACAUUUCCACAUCCUCCCAGCUUCUUACGCUCACUGACACAAACUAUUAAUACACUGAGGCAAAAUGCAGCUAUUGCUUAUUCAGAACAUAUGAGUGGCAAAGCUGCUGAGUUUACAUCAGAGAUAAUAUACAACACACUCGAUGAAAUUUUGGCAUGUAAUUCAUCCCAUACUGUUUGUACAUUACAUGUGCUACUGAUGUGAAUGAUGCAUCAGAAAUGGUAUAGUUUUGGGGCCUUUUUUUUUUUUUAAAUCAGACGUUUCUGUCUGGAAGAUCCAAAGCCAAAUCUAGUGACCAGAAUACAUUUGUAUGACCAGAAUGCAUUGUUGAUGCCCUGGAGAACUGAUGUAACAGAUCUUAACCACAUAGCAACCAACCUAAUCACCCUAGCAAAUUUUGUAUGAGUAAACAGCACUGCUACAACUAACUAUAGAAACUGUGGAAAUCUUGUUAAAUAGUGCUCAGUGUGCAGCAUUCUGGAUGGGAAAAGACUGGAAGGAUGACAACACCAGAAUAAUAGUCUUUUUUUUUUGUCAGAACUUCUUGGACCAUGAACGUUGCAUGGAUCUGCUUUCUUCCCAAACAUCCUGUAGAAAAAGAGACUACAUUGGUUUCGAUGGGACUGUAUUCAGCUCUAUAUUAAGGCUGUGGGACUGGGCCGCUUUGGUGGAAAACACGCGUUCCCGAGGGACCGACGUUACCAUGAGAUCCUACCUGGAACAAUGUGAUCGGCCACGGGGCUGCCUGGCUGCCACUCCGCCCCCGUCCAACCCUAGCCCUGGGAUUUCACCUCGUCCUUGAGAGACCAGCGCAAAUCAACCCAAAUAAAACAUCCCGACCCUGUUCACCUCUCCCGGAGGGUCGUUUUCCUUCGAGACACGUGGACGAAGCCGUACACAGCAUUAGGGACCGAAGAGACGCAGCCUCUAUAGAGGGACUCAGACAGGGUGGGAGGAGAUCCCAGCAGGGUUCAGCUGCUCACCAAUGGGUUUGUGGUCUGAAGACGAGCAGCACUCAUCUCUUUCACAUCCUUUGUAGGUAGAAGCAGACACAAGGACAAAACUCUUUCACCACAAGCAGCCUCGACUGACUGACUGUUCAGCGCAAUCCCGUCACACAUUCAAACUCUCUACAGGAGGAAUGAAGACAGGUGAAACUGAAGACAGGAUGUCUUCCAAGCGACCAGCCUCUCCAUAUGGGGGAACAGAUGGAGAGGUAGUCAUGGCGACGAGCAGACAGCGAUUGGAGGAUGAAGAGGUUGACGGACAUGCUGUCAUUCACUUGCCCCUGAGUUCGUACUGCAGCAAAGUGUCCCCGCGAUCUCCACGGCUGCUCGACAGCCCCCCAACACUACACGCGAAUAUGGAUCAGGAUGGCAGUAAAGGCCUGGCCCUGAGCCCCUACCCCCAGCACAACUCGUCUACCUCACCCAGCAAGCAGCAGCAGCAGCAGGAGGAGGGGUCCAUGCGGCCGGGGAGCGAACCCAGCUCCGCUUCAGCUCUGGGCACCCCGGAGAGACGCAAGGGCAGUCUGGCCGACGUGGUCGACACGCUCAAACAGCGCAAGAUGGAGGAACUCAUCAAGAACGAGCCAGAGGAGGCCCCCAGUAUUGAGAGGCUGUUGUCUAAGGACUGGAAGGACAAGCUAUUGGCUAUGGGUUCUGGCAACUUUGGAGAGAUCAAAGGCACCCCGGACAGCCUGGCGGAGAAAGAGCGCCAGCUGAUGGGGAUGAUCACGCAGCUCAGCAGUCUCAGAGAGCAGCUACUGGCCGCCCAUGAGGAGCAGAAGAAACUGGCUGCUUCGCAGAUCGAAAAACAGCGCCAGCAAAUGGAGUUAGCGAAACAGCAACAGGACCAGAUUGCACGACAACAGCAGCAACUUCUGCAGCAACAACACAAAAUCAACCUCCUGCAGCAACAGAUCCAGCAGGUUCAAGGUCAGUUGCCUCCACUGAUGAUACCCGUGUUCCCUCCAGAUCAGAGAACUCUGGCGGCCGCUGCAGCACAACAAGGAUUUCUACUUCCUCCAGGGUUCAACUACAAACCAGGCUGCAGUGACCCUUACCCUUUACAGCUAAUCCCUACGACUAUGGCAGCGGCUGCUGCGGCGACGCCUGGCCUCGGCCCUCUUCAACUGCAGCAGUUGUAUGCAGCUCAGCUAGCUGCCAUGCAGGUGUCUCCGGGGGCCAAACACAGCACAGUGCCUCAGGCCAACCUGGCAACCGGAACACUCUCGCCCACCAGCGGCCAGAGCGAGAAAAACAGAAGCACCCCACCACCAAAGCCCAAGGACGAGGGCGCUCAGCCCUUGAAUCUGUCGUCCAAGCCUAAGGCAUCCGAGAGCAAGUCACCCACCUCCCCCGCUUCCCCACAGGUCCCUGCCCUGAAGCUGGGCCCCGGGUCCCUGAAGCACAGCGCCCCCUCCAGCAUCGGAGGACCGCCGUCCAGACUCAGCUCCAUAGACCUGCUGUCAUCCAUCACCUCCGGCGGCUACCUGAACGACCAUGAGGCAGUGACCAAAGCUUUCCAGGAGGCCCGACAGAUGAAGGAGCAGCUAAAGAGAGAACAGCAGGUUCUGGACGCCAAAGUAGCGGCAGUCAACAGCCUGAGCCUCAACAACGGUCGCUCAGAGAAGGAUAAAGCCGCUCUUGAAAGCCUGAGCCAACAGUUAAAACAGUCUGAAGAGAGCAAGUUCACUCACGCAAUGAUGGACUUUGGCAUCAGUGGCGAUUCAGAUGGAAGCCCGAGUGUGUCAGACUCACGGAUCUUCAGGGAGGCUCGAGGACGUGGCAGCAGCGAACCACACAUCAAGCGGCCCAUGAACGCCUUUAUGGUCUGGGCUAAAGACGAGAGGAGGAAGAUCCUUCAGGCCUUCCCUGACAUGCAUAACUCAAACAUCAGCAAGAUUCUCGGUUCUCGUUGGAAGGGCAUGACCAACCUGGAAAAGCAGCCAUACUAUGAAGAACAGGCCCGUCUUAGUAAGCAGCACCUAGAAAAAUACCCAGACUACAAAUACAAACCACGGCCCAAGCGCACCUGCCUAGUGGAUGGAAAAAAAUUGCGCAUUGGUGAAUAUAAGGCCAUCAUGCGCAACCGCAGACAGGAAAUGCGCCAGUACUUCACCGUAGGGCAGCAGGCCCAGUUGCCCUUGUCCUCAGCGGGCGUUGUGUACCCAGGCGCGCUCUCUAUGGCAGGAAUGCCCUCUCCACAGAUGCCCUCCGAGCACUCAAGCAUGUCUAGUAGCCCUGAACCAGUCCCACCCACCAGCCAGCCCUCUUACCUCACACACAAGGGGGAGAAGCCUCGCGUUAAGGAGGAGGACCUCCGAAUGGACGACGGCAACGGUGACGCCUACGAUGACUUCGACUACGAAGACGAUGACGGGGACUAUGGCAGCGACAGCGAGAAUCACAUCACUCAGUAAACCUGCCAAUCACAGCCAUCUCACCAGUCACCUGGCAUCUCACGCAAGCAAACUUCAUUCCGCCCCCAUACACCGUCCAAUCAGGACUCCUCCAGAGCCAAGCCCGAUAUCCACAGCAAAGCACAGGACCUGUCAAUCAAAGUGACUGUUACAUGGAAAGGAGGGUCUUGUAAAGGAAGUAUAACACUUGCCUUGACUCCCGCUGAGCGAACGUACCACGGCAAGUUCAUAUCGAAUCACAAGUAAGCUACGACGACAUAGGAAAAAUGACCCUUAACCGAUUUGUUAUCGAGACAUUUAUUACUAAGGACCUGUCAGUCGACCCGUCAUAGACACUUUAAAACGGUGGACCUGUUUGUUUCUAAAGAGACACUUUUAAACAGCUUUUUUUCUUGGUUCUAUAAUAUUCUCACUCAGGUACACAGUGCCAACAAGUGGCUUGUGAAUGUGAUUUUGUUGUUUUUGUGCUACAGUUUUAAUAGAGAAAAAAGACAUUUAUUUUCCUCUUCACCGUAAAGCACCUGACAGGAGUAAAAUUACAAACAUUUCCUUUUUUUUUUUCCUUCGGCGUGCUAUUAGCUGAAUCUCUUUCUAUCAUCCUCACGCCCAUGUCCUCUCACUCAAAGAUGUCUUUUCUGUUGGACGAAAGGAUGGAAGGGAGGAUUUGCAUCCCUUCACUCAGGAGUUCGGACAUCGCUGGAUGACAGACAAUCCCUCCUUCCUCGCAUCUUUUCCUCUUGACACGCUUUUACUGUUCCUUUCUCCUCCUCUUCUGUGGGAGCUUUGGAUGUUGACGUCUCUCUCAGGUGUGGAGACAAACUUUACGAGAUAGCACAAACUUUGUGUUUGGUGAACAGCUGACAUGUCGAUGGUUAUCGUGGAGAGUGAAGCCUCGAGCAGAAUUAUUGUACGCGUGCACAUUUCUUUAUGUUUGUGUGUGUGUGUGUGUGUGUGUGGGGGGUGAAUGCGCGUUUUGCUAGGUUUUAAGUUAAUUUUUAUUACAUGUAGACGGUUGAUGUGCUGGUCAUGUGAACAUUUACAAAAGGAAAAAACAUUCAUAUUCAAUACGUACGAUUCAUGCUAGCAGCCAGAUCUGUGCGGAAGGAAGCCAAACGUUUUAAUAAUUUAUCAUUCUUUUUAUUUUUAUUUUUUGUCCAAUCGUUUGUUUGAUCAUUUCCUUUAAUUUUUCCCCGUCAUUCUCAUUGUUUCCCUGAACAACCCGUUUCUGUCAUCGCUGGGUGCAGGGAACAUUGCACCUCAUUCUGAAAGGAAAAGAGGAGACGCGGAGAGAAAAGCUCUCUAGAGGAGAGUCUGUGCUUGAAUGGCGUAUUGAAGGAGGAGAAUAGAGUUCCCACAAGCCCCGGUGCUCAGCACUCUGUUUUCAAAGGACAGCUCUGAGAGAAACCAGGGAUCUCCGUACAAGACAAGCACGAGUGUGCGUUUCAAUCAGCGCCCCUUAAUAUAUCUCACAUCUCUACUCCUCCGCAGGGGUUUGUGUUCUGUCUCUCUCUCCUCUUUAUUUCCCACACUUUUCCAUCUAUCACUCAGUUUAUCAGAGCAGAGGAGUCUCCGAGCCGUGCCAUCAGUCAUCCGCUCUCUGUGUGGCUCUGACUGACCCACUCCAUCUUACUGCACCUGUGUGGCUGCUGUUGGCACGUCGAUGGCGUUUGAUUGACGGCUGCCCUAACUGUAACUACUCUGCCAGCCUCUCCUGGCCUGGUGUGGGCAUAAGGGGGCAGCUGGAUGAGAGAGACACACAAGCUGUUAGGUGAACAGCAGCCAGACUCCAGCCAUUAAUAUCUGUGUUUUUUCCCCCUUUACAUCAACCCAAAGGGCGUCCACUCACAACACAUAUCAAAUUAUAUUAUUUCGAAUGCACACAUAUUCGAAUUUUCUGGCCUACUUGAGAUUUUUUCUGACGAUAAAUGUUAAAGGUACUCUGAUGCCUGUAGCGCUAGCAAAGUUAUGACCAAUCGCAUUUUGCGUGUUCGUCUUUGUCUAGUUUAUUCGGUUCGAUGAGGUCCAGUCCCGUCUGUUGUUUGUAUUUGUGUUUUGCCUCCAUGUCAACGUCACUCUGCUGUCGAGGUUGGGAGGAGCCGUUUCAGACUCUGCAUGUUAAUGUUUUAGUUUGUAUUUGCAAAUACUGUAUUUUAUUUUCAUUAAAACUGCCUCUAGUGUAAUAAUAUUAUUAACAAUAAUUAUAAGAAUAGGCAGCAUUUCCUAAGUUUAGUAAGUUAUGUACAGUAUAAUUUAUUAUUUUCCUCCAGUUGGAUUUUUUUUAUGAUCGUAUGGAAACUGCGCUUGAUAAAGCAUUAUAUUUAGCUGGGUAGGUAUUUAGAUCUAAUUAUUAUGUUCAAUAUUCUGUUUUUUGUUCUCCUUUUUUAUUUUAUUUUAUUUGUUCUUGUUUUUUUGUUGAAUUAAUCCUGUUCUGACGCUGAUAUAUCUCUGAGAAAGUGGUCACGGUGAACUGCUGAUAUGAAGGAAAAGAGACAUUUCUCUUUUUUUCAUUUUCUUUUUCUCCUCCGUGCAUCGUUCAUGAACUCCAAACACAUUUCUUAAAGCACUAGGACUCUGGACACUCUGAGACAAACAUAAGAAGAACAUGAUAUUUUUAUUUGUAAUGGUUUAUGUAUAAUGUGAAGUUUCCUAUCUGUUAAUUCUCUUUUUCUUUUACUGAAGAUAAAGAAGACAGCUAUAUUAUACCCCAAUUGUUAUUGAACAGAAAGAGCGUGGAUCUUGUUUACUGAUAUUUGUCAUCCUCUCUCUUAUGUUUCGUUGGAACAUCACUGGUUUAGACAAAUGCAUUUGUUUACCUAUUUUGUCAAAUUUGAGUACCGUUUCAGUACACAGCACCUAACCCUUAAAAGGAUUGUUCACCCAAAAAAUGAAAUCGACGAAGCCUAGAUGACUUACUUUCUUCUGUAGAACACCAAUGGAGACGUUUAGCAGAUGGUCCAAGCUGCUCUCUUCCAUACAAUAAGAGUAGAUGGGGACUAGGGGCUCUGAAAAGAAAAAAGCCUCAUAAAAGAGGUCCAAACAGCCGUGCUAUAUUCCGAAGUCCUCUGAAGCCAUAUGACAAGAAACAGACUUACUUUCAUUAUGUGCAAAACAGCAGCUUGGACAUUCUGUUAAACAUCUUUUGUGCUUCACAGAAGAUUAAAAGUGAAACGGCUUUUGAAAGAUGGUGGCAAGUAAACCAUCGCUUUUAAUCAGAAGACAUGACUUUUCUGAAUUGAUCAAACUGUCUGAUUCCAGUGACGCUCCACUGAAUGGCCAUAUUAGAUGUUUUUAUCUCCAGAAUUGUUUUAGCUCCACACACUGUCUCCCUCUGUCAAUCAAGCUCACAGUAGUGGCAUCACAAUCACACCUGGGCAGAUAACGAAAGUCACAAUCGCCAUCUGAUGUGACCAUGCUUUCACUUUUAGUAAUUCCCACAAUCAUAUCAAUCGAUAGGGGCACGUAUGCUGGCUGGUUUAACAUACAAAGUCACAUUCUGUCAACUAAUUAUCUGUCAGCAUGGUAACCUCAUGGUCUUUAGAACUCAUACUCUGAUAUAAUGAUGGCCUGUAUUAUGAACAAUAAUUGAUAAGACAAUCAAAGUCAUGUGUGGAGCUCAAAACAACGUUAAAUGACAUCAAACAAAAAGUACUUAGAAACUUAUCUUACCAUCUCAACUUGAAAAUCGAGAAAGAUAAUUAUGUAAAUAUAGCAUAGAGUUAUAGAUUUAUAUUUUGUUCAUAACACAGUGUAAUAUAAGUUGUAUAUUUCUUUCUCUCUUUUAUUGAUGUUAUUCAUGCCACAAUAAAAGCAAGAGUUACUGUACUCUUAUGGAAAAAAAACGAAAAAAAAAAAAGCAAGCCGUGGGUUACCACCAUCUGUUCUAAGUUGACGUUUUUCAGUAUUACUGCCAGUCAAGGCUCAAAUAAAAACAGCAACGUGUUCUGUAUCUCUA